AUGGCUCAAGAUCCUCGUGAUAAAGCUGGAACAACUACCAAAAAGGCCAAAAAGUCUAGCACCUCGGGCAAGAAAGCUGCAGCUGCAGCGCUGAAGAGUCGGGCCACCAAUGGCAACAAGAAACCCUUGCCUUUGAAACUCAAGAUUCCUCCCCAGACAUCAGAGAAGGACAUGGCAGAAGAAAGCCCGCCCAUUACUCCCCCUCCCAAGGUGUCUGUUUCAAAGGAUGAGCUCGACAAGGCGAUGGUUGAGCUUCUUGGACAUGACCACACAUCAGAGUGUGCAUGGACUAGUUCCCGUGGGUCCAAAUCUCCUGGAGUCAAUGCCACCAGCAACUUCGAUGAUGGGGGAUACAAGCAAAAGAGAGCUGCAUCAGACAGCUCCCUAGACGGUGAAUCCAAAGCUGAUAGUGACAGCAGUGUUGAGAUGGUGGCCAUGGACAACAUGGAAGAGGAGGUCGAUGAGCUUAUCGACGACAAGUCGGAUGACCAGGAAGCUGAAGAAGAACUUGAAGAAGAGAUAGUUCUGUUGCCCUUUUCCAUCCCCUAUGAGGGUGCAAACACCACCGUUGAGUUUGCAGCAGACAUUGACUGGCCAACCUUCAUCAGCAACCUUGCUGACACGCUCUCCAUUGCACCUAAGGAUGUCAAAGUUGCAUAUAAAUUCAGUGUUUUGGCCCAGGGUGUUGCGUGGACACACCUUCGAUGCGACAAAGAUCUUUGGGUCUUGUUUGAGAAGGCUCUCACAGCAAUGGAAAAGCAGAAGAAGAACCGUUCAGUAAAGGAGUUUGAGGUUGUCCUGAAGGACCUCCGCGUCGAUGUGAAGGCAAGCAAGAAGGAGCCUGAGAAGAAGAAAGCUUCGAAGAAGAAAGUUGACUCCUCUGACUCGGACAACUCGACACCUGACCUGCAGAAGACCUCCAAGUCAAAGAAGAGCUCAACACAAUGGGUCACAUUAUUGAUGAAAGAUAAUGCCUGCAUCGAACAUUCAGGACAGGCAUGCUUGAAGUUUGCCUCCCGUCAUUAUCAACUCACGAAGUCAGACCUGGGGGCAUGGGCCGUCUUUAUGGCACAAGGUUAUGAGUCCACAACAAUACCGCCAAAGAGUCUGAAGAUUGGUGACUCAGAUCGUGUUGGGAAACCAAAGACUCCCGCAGCUCAAGGAGCACCUCAUGCUGAUCCAGCUCCUGCCACGCCAGCUCCUGCCACACCAGCUCCUGCAAUGCAACUACCUCCAAACCAUUACGGUGCUGGCUACUACCAGACACCCUUCCCGCCAAUGCCUUAUCCCAUGUUUAUUCCUCCAACUCCAGCUGCUCCUGGAUGGCCACCUAAUGCCCAAAGUCCCUAUCAGUUGAUGCGGGGCUCUCACGGCCUUGACAAUUUCCCAAGCUCUGACCCUCCUGAAGUUGUCGAGGACAUCACUCUUUUCCCUCGCAUCGCCAACUGGCUCCAGAGGCUUGACGAUGGUCCCCUCGGAGGCGAUGGUCAUAAUUUCUCCCAAUUUGCACCAUUUUUUGAGGCAGAGAUGUAUGUUCGCAUCUCUGAUAUUGCUGAUAACCUCACUACUGAAUCUCUGAGGGUGACCUGCCCAACUAUGGCACAUGGAACCACUUCGCACAUCAUUUCUCGGGCAAAAGCAGACACAAAAGCCAUAUGGAGAGAGGAAGUGAGGCGUCUCCGAGAAAAUGCCCACCGCCCACAGCAUUAUAUCUAA